AAAUGAGCUGUCCUUAGCUGGUCGUAAUCAAUCGACGUGGAUGUUUUCCGACUGAAAAUGGCGAAGAAGCAGCAGUUUGUCCCGCUAUCAGCAAUUCUGAGGAUAGGGGGUCUUCUUCUAUUGGCAACCCCCGCGCUGUGUGAACUGAAGACCCUGUUGUUUGUUCGACGCUAUGGUCGAUACGACCCCAGUCAAAUAUGGACGGGACCUCAAAACAUACUCGUCGGCGUCAACGACUGUCUGGAAGACGAAUCCGACCUCAUUACCGACCACAUGUGGAAAGGAGACUAUCGCAGUCCGAUUCUCGAUAAUCUCACCGAUUAUCGCAUAAGCGAUGUGGAAAUGGUGCUGUAUAACAAACAAGGGGAUGAAUUACUGACACUGCAGAACUGUACAAUACCAGAGCCGGGCAAAUUCAAAACCUUCUGUCUUCUUGCUGGGACGAAUGUCUCAAUAAGUCAGCUUGACGCCCAAGGCGGUUUGGCAGUACGGAUCGUCGACAGUAACAAGAUAGCGGUAGCCAUUUUUAAUCCGCGGCACUAUUUCUCGGACACCAGUCUAUUCAAUGGCCUGAAGAUCGCCGUCAAUAUUGGGAUCAUGGCGCAGAAUUUGCCAACAAGACCAACUGGCUAUAAGGGUUGUGCUACUGUGUCUUCAUCUGAACAACCUACGACUGUACCAAUGAACGUCGACCAAUGUUUCGCCAUAUGUUCGGGACUAUUCGCAAUACAGACAAACAAGUGCUACUGCAACUUAGGGAGUCCAUCCUUUAUCGAUGAAUCGAACUGUCAGUUUCUGUGUGACCGUGAUUCUAACCAGUUUUGCGGUCAUGAGAAUAAGUCCAGCUACGCAGUUUACAACAAGGAUGAAUUACAAGCUUUCAAGACAUAUGUGAGUACUCUACCGUACGACGACGUUAAGAGUGUCUCAGAGUUUACCAUGGCAGAAAACAACAUAUCACAUCUGGUUUCCUUUCCCUCCACCACUUACAUAAGCUCCGUCCAGAUAACCGAGGAGGAGGAGUGUACGCUAACCAGUAUAUACUUCAACAUGACAGGGCCUGACCAGGUCCCAAGAUAUCGUCUGACGUAUACCGUGGAAUGUGGUAAACCCGAAAGCGAGUGGGAUUCGUUUAACGACACGAUGUGGGGCAUAAACAAGUUCUUGAAGGCGGGAGAAGAAGCGCUGGAACUGGGAUUGCUACGUGUUAGAUGUCUGCGGUUCGAGGCCAUCGAAUCAAACCUCACUUACCCCAGAGCUAACGUCACUUUCUUCGGCCCGACAGGAAAAACCGCAGAAGUUAAUGGAUUUGCAUUGCGGGCGAACUAUGAACUAAUCGUUGAAUCGUCUUCGGAAAUCCUACCAUCAUCCACCGUUUCGGAAAUGAGCGCCAGUUCCAUCGACAGCGUCUCCAUGGAAAUGACGUCAUCGGUGGAAGCGUCCAUUUCUCCCGACGUCACGGCAACGACCGAAACGGCCAUCGCCGCGGUGGAAACGUCCUACGCACCUACCGAAACGGCCAUCGCCGCGGUGGAUACGUCCAACGCACCGACCGAAACGGCCACCGCCACCGUGGAAACGUCCUACGCACCGACCGAAACGGCCAUCGCCGCGGUGGAUACGUCCAACGCACCGACCGAAAUGGCCACCGCCACCGUGGAAACGUCCUACGCACCGACCGAAACGGCCAUCGCCGCGGUGGAUACGUCCAACGCACCGACCGAAACGGCCACCGCCACCGUGGAAACGUCCUACGCACAGACCGAAACGGCCAUCGCCGCUGUGGAUACGUCCAACGCACCGACCGAUUCCCGGUCGACCGCGAUGCCCACAGACGCCACCGUCACCAUCACCGCGACGAUGUCAAGCAGCACCAUGGCGCCCGUGCCGCCGGUGACGACGCCAACCCCGACUAGAUCAGAAACCUGCAUGUGUCGGUGCAAGACUGAAGACCCGGCACAGAACAACAAGACCGAAGAAGAGGUGAAAGAGCAGAAAGUGGCGAAGAUUAAAAAGGAGCUGAACGUUGACACAAAGCAACUCAGCGCCACGAAGAUGAAGAAGGAAAGCGCCUCAGACGUACGCACGUCGGCCCAGGUUACUGGAUACCUCGGCAUCAUCAUGCUCACGUUGAUUAUCGGGAUGCUGCUGUUAUCCGAUAUUACGUCCAUCUUCCAGCAUGUUUCAAUGCUGAAAUCAAACAUCCAACAGACCCUUAAACAGGACUAACAUCAUAAAUAAGGGAUCUCUUGUUUAAAGCUUCGUAAUGGUGGCUUCAUUGCGAAAAGUAUUUACCAAUUUUAGUUUUGAAAUAACCUUUAGAUUGUUUUGAAAAGUAAUCUUUAGAUCACUAUCACACCGCUGCCACCCAGGGGUAGAAUUUUACGCUAUUCCGCUAUUCCGCAAAUAGUAAAUUUUGAAACGGAAUAGUAAAACAAUUCUUCCAAUAUUCCGUCAUAAAAGUCAAAAUAAAGCACGGAAUACCGAAAAUCGCAUGCGACAAUUCCAUUUUUCUACACACACACACACACACACACACACACACAUAUAUUUUAUAUUAAAAAUGAUAGUGAUCUACAGGUUAAGCACAGGGUGCUGCAGUGAUGCUGAAUAACUAACUACAACCUGCGUUCAGUUGAAGCGAACGCUUCCUAGCGUUAUGCCAUUUGGACACUGCCAACUAGUUCCUUGUUAGUUCAACCAUUUCUAGAUGCCAGUGUCCGCGGAAGAUACGUUAAGAUUAGAUAAGACGUUUUAAAGGUCCUAUGUCAAAGUUGAAACUACACAAUAUUUCGUAAUUUUUACAUUUAUUUGUAAUAAAUAACAAAUUAAUCAAUCCCACUCAUGAUACUAUUUCCAUAAUUAACUCUAGAAUAAUAAUUUUAAAUCGUCGUGCACUGGACGACAAGAGGUGUUUCCCGAAUAAUAGUUAGCUAAAUAUAGCAUAGCCGCCAUCUUUGUUUCUUUUGUCAGCUGACCACAAAGAAUUGUGUGUUGAAUGUGUACACAUAAAACAGUGACGUCAUUAGCUAAUGUGUUUGACACUCUUUUAAGAUUUCUGUUUUUAAAUAUAUUUUUUUCUACUAGUAAAUAGAAUUAUUUGAUUGUAACUUUUUUAUAGGCAUAUAGCUGAAGGUAUAAACUUUAUGUUUCAAAGCCAAAAUUAAUAAAUAUCUUUGGCGGAAGCCACCAUUAUCGCAACUUUGACAUAGUACCUUUAAGACUAUGACCUUGACAGACUGAACACAGAAACAUUGUUUGAUUGAAGCCACUGUUGAGGCCGAAUGCCAGCACAUGGAAUUGUUAUAGUCUAGAAUUAACAAUGUAACUAUUAUGGGAGUGUGGUAUCGAAUACUGUUAAAGGGACUAUCCUGAGUUUUCAGCCCAGAAAGACUUCAGUUUGUCCCCCCCCCCCCCCCCCCCAAAAAAAAAAAAAAAAAAAAAAAAUCACAAACAAAACACACAUCCUGCUUUUCCCUGCUUUUAAACAUUAUUUAAAUGUAAAGCAUUAUACGGAUAGAUACAUUUGGAUUGACCUUUGGCCGAAUUAUUUCAAAUAUCGUUUGGUCGUUGAUUUUUUCUCUCUUUUUUUUUUUCCAUCGAAAAAUGGAUAUUGAGAUACUACGAUGUCCAGAAAUGCAUUGGUUACAAAGAUAUUCGUAUUCUUAGCAAGAAAGUGUAACUUGUACUGCUAUAAUGUAAAUAUAUUUUAUAUGCCGAAAACGUUUUAAAAUAGCUAGUAGCUACAAACACAAUUUAGUCCAUUUAACAAAUAUAUUACAAAUAUUAAAAUAGCGAAAUAUGGCAUUUGCAUCUUUAAUAAGAAGCUGUUGUUAAGAGUUGGUGCCAAAUUCAUAGUCACCGUUUCGCAUCUGUUAGUACUUUUUGUUAAAAUAUUAGCGAGCUUUAAAGAAAAAAUUUCUUAUUGACUAAAAUGGACCAAAUUAAUUACCAGUGUCGACAAAGCUAACAUUUUGUAAUACAACUGACAUAAGCGUGUCAGCUUAACAUGGCAGUACACACAUUAAAACUGGGGCACCUCACACUAAUUUUAAUCUGCCUAUAAGAAAAUUUGGUGUCACUGGCAUUUUAAGAGAUUUAAAGAAUUGUUUCUAUUACCAACUAACAAUUUUACUGAAAAUCACACUUCCAUGUUGUUGGGGUUAUUUUUUUUUAAAUAUUUACUCUGUACUGGUUUCAACCUACAGUGUAGUAUCGUGCAUAACAACUGUAUACUAAAUCAAAGUAUGUUAAUGUAUUGGGAAUAGAUAAUAUAUACAUGUAGUAUUUAGCAUUCAUUUCAUUUCAACUUAUUUUCGUGCUUAUAUCCAAUUAAGGUUCAAGCACGCUGUCCUGUGCACAUACCUCAGCUAUCUGGGCUGUGUGUCCA